AUGCGCUCGACGCCCGACCCGUGCCGGCCGCUGCCGCCCUGGCCCGGCUUGGUAGGACUGCCGGGGAAGGUGGGAGCCCCGCCGGGUGCUCGUCAAAGGAUCGAGCGCACCGGCGGCCUCUGCUGCCCAGAGUGGCGCACGGGGCGCUCCGUCGGCUCCUUCAGGACAAUGAAACGGAGCAUACACAGCAUGAAAGAAUGGGAAUGUGAAUCAGGGGAGACACACACUGUUGCUGCAAGUGAACAGCCAAAGGACAGGCCAAAAGAAGAAGCUAAAACACCACCAACUGUUGGGCCGGACCUGGAUGGGGAAGGGGACCUUUGGGAUCAUUUCGUCCAAGACAAUUGGGCUCCAGUCCUGGAGAGUGCAUUUGGGCCCAAUUGGCGGGACAAGUACCCUGAAGAAAUAACAGCCAUACUGUGGUGGGCCGUCAAGCACCGGAGCCGCGACCCAGGCACCCCGGGUACCUCACCAACAAUUCCUGCUGCUGCAUCGACGCCAGGGAUGACGAUCCCUCAAGGGCUGCCAGUUGGUAUGGGGUCACCGUUGUUGGGCAUACCUGAACAGGCGCCAGUGAAUGCGCCUCUGGUUUUUGGAACCUUCAGGCCACAGCAAAUUGGAGCCCCCCCUGCACAGGUACCUUUGGGAGGUAUGCAGGUCUUGGGUGGCGAUGGCAACGGUGCUCACUUUGGCUUGCAGGGAAGCUUAGCUAAGGACCAAGGCACGGGAUUUGCUGCAAAGGAUGCAAUGCCUCCAGGGGCCCAUGCUGCAGGCGCCAUUCCUGCAAUCCCGUUCGAUGGCUUCGACAGCACUUCCAGGCUGGAACUUCCAGAGCUUGGUGAUGUGGCGUUUGUGAACGACGAUGAGGAGGAGCCAGAGGGGCCAGCCAGUAAACGUUGUAACUUGGACCUGUCGCUCAAUUUGGAGCCAAUGUUUGGGGAAUUGGCACUGGAAGACAACAGCGAGGAUGAGGGAAUCGAUGGCGAUGGCCUUGUUCGCCACCAUGGAGAUGACCGUGAUGAUCUGGACUGCACAGACGAGCUGGCGAUUCUGGAGGAGUAUGAUCCAGAGCACCCAGAAAUGGAAACAAGGACCAGUGUGCAAAGGCCAGAGGUGAGGCGGAAAGUGAAAAGGAUGGGAUUACACCUGCGGCAUGGUGCUGACACGCAGCCCAAUGACCAGGGUGAGGGCUCCAACGAGCCAUCUUCUGCUCUACAGAGACUUGCAGACCCGAUGUUGCCACCCCCUGCAAAGAAUCGAGCAGCUGGUUUGGCUUCACAAGCAGGUGGCAGUACUGUUGAGGCUUUCCCUACUUCCCCAGGCCACACUUUGGCCCAAGAUGAAGGGGGAGGGCUGUUUGGUAUGCCUCCUGCCGGCUUGGACAUCCUUUACGAUCCUGAGCAUCCAGGGGUUGGCAUUGGGGACAUGUUGUUGAGGCGAGGUACACAGCCGCCCUUUGGGCCAAUUAGUCAAAUGGGGGGCUUCACGCUCGCAAGCCCAGCGCGGUUUGCAGACCUGAAGAACAUCAAAUUUGGCACCUUUGCAUCCUCCAACUUGGUGCACCAAGGGCGCCCAAUGUUUGGGUCCUUCUCCACCCAGAUGCUUGUGCAGUCCAAUGGAAAGAGCUUUGCAGAAACUGGCCACGCGGGGCCUGCGCAGCCUCAAGACUUGAGCAAGGGGACUUGCUCUGUGGAUGGUGCUCAGCUGCAGGCUGCAGGUGCGAGUUUGACUGUGGACAGUCAGCAAGAGGCUGACCACACAGAGCACAGCCACAGCCAGCCAGUGGCCUCACCUCCCAUCAAUGGGCAGUCUGAACUGCUGGGCGAAAAGGUGGCAGGUGUCCUGGAGGCAUCAAAGCCCACUGUAUGCAGCUUCCCUCAGUUCCUGUCCACCAUGAUGACGCCUGUGACAUUUGGCUUGGAACCAGUGGGGGGCGUGAACCAUGUGCAGGGUCAGGCAAGCCAGGCAGGUCAGACAGUGAAUCAGGUGUUCCGGCCAAAUCAGCUGUAUGGCAUGUAUGGGUAUGGAGUGCACCCUGCAGCUGCCGGAACUUGGGGCAUGGUGGCGCCAGGUGGCUUGCAUGGCGAGCAGGGAUUGCAGCCAGGCGAACCAGGAGUGACUGGCAGUGCGAUGCCAGGCCCCAUGCUGUGCAUACCGUCCAGCGUGCCCAUGCAGUAUGGCGUUCCAGUGCCAGUAGUGAGUUUGAACCAAAGUGGGCAGGCAAGCAGCGCUGGUGGCACAGUGCAAGGGGAAGUGUCAAUGCCGGCGAUGUAUGUGAUGGACAGUCGGGUGGCAGGUCAUCACAUACAGCAGAUCAUCGAUGGCAGGGAUGGUGUUGGGCGUGCGCCUGUUCACGUGGCUGCUGUUGCAGGACGGGCGGACAUCAUCGAGCAACUCAUCUACGUUGGUUGUGACUGCUCCGCCGUGUUGCACGUGGACCUACUUGGGGCUGCCAGCAAGAGAAAGGCUGCACCUGAUGCAGGGCCUCUGCAGCCUCCAGUUAGUCAGCCCAAAAAUGAGGAUGGAGGAUGCAGUGCAGGUAUUGAAAAAGCAGGCCAGGCUGUGACCUCGAAGUUUGACUCUGUGAUGCCUGUGCCAGGCUCACCCACUGCAUGCUGUGAGGUGCCAGCGGCGCAUAUACAGGGCCACAGUCAGGGCCAGUUUCAGGGCUGUUCAGAUGAAGGUGAAGGCAAGUGCAGCCAUGUCAUCCAAAGAGAGAGCCCAGUGAACUCGCGUCUUGUGGCAGUCGACUCUCCUGGGUCGAAAUUGAAAUCCCAGGGAGUUGGCAUACGAGUUGAGAGGGACCCAGGUGUGGACGAGCUCAGCUUCAAAUUCUGCAAUGCUUUGCACCUUGCUACGUACUAUGGCCACCUCAACGUGGUUGACUUGCUGCUGAGCACCAAGCGAUGCGACCCUCAAGGAACAAAUGAACAUGGCUGUACUCCUCUGCAUUUUGCCACAAACAAGGGCCAUAAGCACAUCGUUGCAAGGCUCCUCAAAGUGCAAGGAAUCAAAAUUGACGUCCGUGAUGUGCACGGUCGAACCCCUCUGCACCAUGGGGCGGCUCAAGGUCAUGCGGGUGUCAUUGAUGAGCUGUGGCCUAAGGGCUGCAAAUUCGAUGCAACAGACGCGAUGGGGUGGACUGCUCUUCACUAUGCGGCACACGCUGGGCACACUGAUGUGGUGUCAAAGCUUGUGAUUGCUGGCUGUCCUGUCCAGAAGCUGGACAACUGUGGUUACACAGCAGGCCAUCUGGCAGCCCAGGGGGGCUAUGCGGAUGUGCUGGAGAAACUCCUGCAUGCUGGAUACGACCCAGACACCCUGGGGGGCAUGACUGUGUUGCACCACUGUGGAGGCUCAACAGCGCUGCACAUGGCAGCUGCACAUGGGCAUGCCAAUGUGGUCAGGCAGCUGCUGCGCGAAGGGAGCAAUCCCUCCAAGGAAGAUUUUCGUGGCUUUACCGCGCUUCAGUGUGCAGCCGAAGGGGGUCAUUUGGAGGCGUUCCAAGUCCUUCUUGAGGCUGGUUGCAAUCCCAAGGCACAUGACUGCUGUGGCACAACAGUCCUGCACUCAGCAGCAAAUGGAGGCAACUGGGACAUCAUUCGUGAGCUUCUCGAUCUAGGCUGCGAUCACUCUCUUCAAACGAAGUAUGGCCGGACAGCCUUGCACCAUGCAGCACAAGGCGGUGCGUACCAGGUUGCUCAGAACCUGCUCAACCUCGGAUGUGACAUCCGAGUCAAAGACAGGGAGGGCAAUGUGCCAUGGCACGCUGCUGCAGAGGGGGGCAACCUUGAAGUGCUGCAGUUGUUCCUUGAUAGGGGUUGUGAGAUUGAAGCGAAGAACAAUGCGGGCUGCACGGCCCUGCACUGUGCCGCCAAGUCUGGGAGUGUGGGGGCUGUGAGGGCGCUCCUUGACCGGGGGGCUGACAUCAGGGCAGUGUCCAGCGAGUCACAGACAGCCCUGCACUAUGCAGCCGAGAUGGGCCACGAUGACGUAGUGCUGCUGCUGCUUGAGACAUUAGAUACACUGACUGUCAACCACCAGGAUGCUUCUGGCUGGACGGUUCUGCACCAUGCUGCAGAGCAGGGGAACAAGAAGAUGGUGAAACUGCUCAUCGAGCAAGGGGCUGACGUGAACCUGCAGACAAUGGAGGGGUGCACGCCUCUUCAUCUCGCCACUCAUGGCCAGUACCAGGGUGUGGUGGAGGUUUUGCUGGAGAAUGACUGCGACACCUCCAUAAAGGACAAUGAGGGCUGCACUGCCCUGCACUAUGCAGCACAGCGCAGCAACCUGCCGCUGUUCAACCUCCUGCAUGCUGGGUGCAUGACUGGUGACAAGGACAACCAGGGCUGCACACUCCUGCAUUAUGCUGUGGAAGGGGGCAACCCUGACAUCGUGGGCACAUUGUUAUUCACAGGUGCUGCACUCUAUGACAACAUGGACAGUUCCUCAGAGGUGAUGAAUGCCCUGCACCUUGCCUGCAAACUGGGCCAUGCCGUGGUGGUAUCUUACCUGUUGAAAGCUGGUUACCAAGUCGGCACAAAAGGGCCAGAUGGCUGUCAACCUCUACACUAUGCAGCACAAGGCAACCCAGGCCUUUGGGGCCGGAAGGAGACCAGUCAGCACUUCCAUGUUGUGAAGCUCCUCCUCGAUGCUGGUGCUGACCCACAUGUUGUGGAUGACAAGGGUUGCAAUCCCCUCAUGUAUGCUGCAGGCAGUGGUGAGCUGGAGAUGGUUCUCAAGUUCCUGCUGCUGGGUGUGGACGUCACAAGAGUGGACAAAAACCAGUGGACUUCCAUGCACUGGGCUGCAACAAGUGGCAAUGUGGACGUGGUGUCCAAACUGAUCCAGGCAGGUGUGGCUGUGGACACUACGGACAACAAGGGCAGGCUGCCGCUGCACUGGUCGGCGGAGAGGGGCCACUUGGGGCCUGUGACAGCCAUCUUCAAAGUCAUGCUGGAGAAGAAGAUCGACAUUCACCAGACAGACCAUGAGGGUGCCACUGCUGUGCAGCUGGCUGCGUGUCAUGGCCAUGCAGAGGUCGUUGCCAAGUUGCUGGAGUGUGGCAAGACGAAAGAUGUCAAGGGCCUGACAGCGCUGCACCUGGCAGCACAGUUGAAGAUGGAGGAGGUCGCCAGGCUGUUGCUGAACACGGGGAAGUGUGACGUCAAUGCCAGGGAUGCAGACAGUUGCACGCCUCUACAUUACUCAGCUGAGAAUGGGAGCGCUGCAAUUGUUGGCAUGCUGUUGGAUGCGAAGGCGGAUUUAAACAUCACCAGCACCGAUGGCAUGAUGCCUAUCCACAAGGCAUCAUCAGAAGGGCACUAUGAAGCAGUGAAGAAGCUGAUAGACAAAGGGGCACUGGUGAAUUUCUGCACAUCGACAGGGUCGACGCCCCUGCAUUAUGCAGCUUCCACAGGGAAAAUAGAUGUGCUGAAGCUGCUGAUUGACUCUGGCUGCCCAGUGAAUGCAAUGAGCACUGGCAACCUGAGCUGCACAGCACUGUACUGUGCCGCUAGCAGUGGCCAGCUGGAGACUGUGGACAUGCUCUUGCAGCAUGGUGCAGAGGUGGACACCAUCUGCACGAAUGACUGCACAGCACUUCAUGUCGCUGCCAGCAAUGGCCAUGCACGGGUUGUCAAGCGAUUGUUGGAGGCAGGAGCUGAUGCAGAUCUGCAGGCUGCAAAUGGGGCUGCAGCAAUCCACAAUGCUGUCAACAAUCUGCACCAGGAGGCCUUGGAAGUGUUGCUUGCAGCGGACUGCGAUGUGGACAUUCAGAACUCUGGUGGAAACACAGCACUCCACAUCUCUGCAUCAAAAGGGAGCCAAGAGCUUGUGCGAGAAAUGUUGAAAGCAGGCUGCGAUGUCCAUAUCAAGAAUGGCAAGGGCUGGCAGGCAGUGCAGUCGGCGGCCAGCAAUGGAUUCUUUGAGGUUGUGUUGCUGCUCGUGGGUCAUGGAGCCCAGGUCAGACAGAAGGGCGAUAUGGAUGUCUCAAAGCUGCUGUGCAGGAAAUCCAAUCUCAAGGCAAGCUAUGUGGACGGUCGACUUCGACUCGCAGAGAGAGAGAAACACAGGAAAGCAAAGCCCCUGGAGCAGGCAGCAGAUGCCCCGACAGAGCAGGAGCUGAAGGAAAGGCAGGCUCAGGCAGAUGCCAUCAUGGCAGAGCUGUUGGCAGAGGAGCAGAGGCAGCGGCAGGCUGAGGAGCAACAGGCUGCAAAGAGGAAAGCCAAGAAGGACAAGAAGAAGAAACGCAAAGACACUGUCAAGGAAGAUGGGGUGAAGAACGACCACACUGACAAUGACAUGUGCGCUGGGGAUUCCAGUGAGGCAGUUGCUGAAGACGAGGACCAGAGUAGUAUAGUCAGCAGUGCACUAGAUGUGGAGACUGUUGACAGUUUUGCAGCAUUGAGCCUCGCGGAUUCCCCAGACACAGCUUGCGGUGCUGCAACAGGGGAGCUUGAACCCAGCAAGGGGAGAAGGCAGAAGGGAAAAGAUGAGGAUAAGCAACGGCCGAAGGACAGAGCCAAGGAAAAGGACCAAAAGCUCACUGACAGUCAAAAGGAACAGGCGAAGCCUUCCCCUUCAGAGGAGGUGAAGAGAAGUGGUAAGGGGAAGGAUAGUGGAGAGAUCGCAGGGCCAUCCUCAUCCCAGGGCACUGUUAAAAUUAUCCGCUGCCACAACACGUCAACGCCGAUAAUUGCUUCGGUCAAGAGGGCUGCAGCCCAGUCUGUGGCCAGCUCUGAGACCCAAAGGAAGCAAACGAAAAGGUCGCCUUCAGCAGCAUCUGCACAGGAGCGUGGAUCAGAUCGUGGCAAGGAGCCAGUGGUGAAGAUCAAGGCUCAGAGAGUAAGGCGCAAAGCUGGACAAUCGCGGCAGACCGAGGGGCACCAUGGCAGUGCUGCAUCUAAUGGGCCUGUGGGUGUGGCACAGAUACAGAAAUCUUCAUUGGAUGCUUCCAGCGCUGCCUCAACACUAGCAUCAACUCCAGGAAGAUCCUCUGUUGGGCAGCAAAGUGGCCAUGCAGUGAGCUCUGCCACCUCUCCCAAAAUGCCCGCUUCCUCUUCAAAGUCUCUACAGCGAGUGGGCCAGAUUGCCAGUCAGCAGUCACAGGUUGCUCACCCUCCUGCUGCUGCUGCUGCUGCUGCUGCUGCAAGGGCCACUCGCCCAGGCUUGUCGAAUACACUGCAGCCCAAAUAUGGCGUCUCACAUGCCAGGCAAGCUGGGCAGCUGCAGGUGUCACAUCAGGGCUUUGGUGGCGCAUCGGCACCUGGGCGAUCACAGCCAGCUCAGCCUUCCGGUCUUGUGAGCCCAUCUCCCCAGCUGAAAGCAGCUGUCCAAAGCAGCAGGGCAAGCCCAUGGCAGCGUCCUGGCAGAGUGCCUGCUGCACCAGCACCACCUGCUUCGCCGCCAGUUGCUAGUUCCCCACCAGGGGCAAAGACUCCUUUGGCAAAGCCCUUGGAUGCAAGCGUGACUCAAGGCACGGCUGUGCAUGUGGCAGCUUUCAAGCAGGAGGAGGUGCCGGAGGUGAUUGAUCAGUCGGCGAAGCAGCCUGUCGCCAUGCAGUCCAGCGCCAAGCCUAAGUCGCAGUCCGUGACGGUGCCCUCAACGCAAGUGGCGAACCCCGUCCAACAACCAGGCGUCACGCCAGUCAGCCACAGCGACUCGACAGGGCCAAGGCCACCGAUGUCUGUGCCCAGCGCAGGUGGGAGUCAUUCAAGAACUUUCUCAGCCAGUGGUUCAGAUCAGGGUGGCGCUGGCUCUCCACAGCGAGCGCCUGCCAACGUCAGUGCGCAUGGCCCUGAUCAGGAACCCACUGGUCCGUCUCCUGCAGAUGGCAGCAAGCCUGGAUCCCUUCAGGGAGCCCGUCCUUGGGGGCCACCUGGCAGCAUGCAGGGCGUUGGGUCCACUGUGUCAGCAGCGCCGACCCCCACUGCCUGGGCCUCGCAUCUGCAGCAGCAGGGAGCAUCCAGACAAGAUGAACCUGGCACGUCGCAGCCAACAAGUGCAAGAAGCGGCCUGGACGGAGUAGGCGGCAGCUCAGCUGAUGCAGCAUGCGAGAACCAGCGCAGUGAGCUGGUGAAGUCGCCAGAUGGCUCGGGGGGGCACCCCAUGCUGUCGAGCCCAUCUUCGCUGCAUGCCAGAUCUCCUUCUGUGCCACGUGUGGAGUUUCCGUUCCCAGGGAGGACAGAGGGCACAUGGGGCGUGAUCAGCUCUAGCAGCCAGCUGAAUGGAGGGCUGCUUGGACCAACUGGCAAUCAGAAGGCCGUGGAUAUGCAGAACAUGCAUUCGGGACUAGGAGAGCCCAUUGUACCUCCCCCCAUUGCUCAGCAGCAGUACCUCGACCUCUACGGGCCCCAGGGUGCGGAUGGAGGGGAUCAGUAUGCGCAUAUGCAGGGCAUGCCGAGGUGGGGCGCACCAGGGCAGCUGCACGAAGGUGGCUAUCUGCAAAAACCGGUGCCAGGCAUUCCCACAAUGUACCCGCCAGCGUGGAGCCAGAGCCCAGCCCCAAGCGGCCCCUACCCACAUGUGGGUGGUCGCACUGUGAAUGGGGAUGGUGCACGGUACCCAAAGCACCUUCGCAUGGGCGUGACCAGUGGGGAACCGUGGGCGGUGAACGGGCCACAAACUUCAUCAGCUAACAGCGCGGCAGGUGACAGCGGCCCGAAUCCUGGGACGAGGGGCUCUGUUGCGAACAUUCCUGACGACCCAUGGGAGAUCGGAGACACACAGAAGCCGGAGCCAAGGGCCCAACGUCGGAGGUCGCCUCAGCCACCCUCGUCAGCGCCUGGCGCUCCCGGCCACAACCAAUUUUGCUGUCCUCUCACCAACAAGCUGAUGGUGGAUCCGGUUGUGGCGGCGGACGGUUUCACCUAUGAGCGCUCUUCGAUAGAGGGCUGGUUGCAGCAGAACAACAAGUCGCCCAUGACCAAGCAGCCCAUGCCUCACAAGGAGCUUGUGCCGAAUCUGACGAUGAGGGCGGCGAUCAAACUCCUGGGACCCUGUCGAAAGUGA